AUGUCGCCUGUAUCUGAGGAGACGUCCCGCCAACCCUCUCAUCCAGGUCCUCCAAGCGGGUUAGUAGAGUCAGCACAACCAGUAGCAGGUGUGAUUUUACGGCCCAUUGAAAACUCGCAAAAUACGGGUCCUCCAAGGCAAGGGAGGAUUGGAAGAAUGAGUACAGGGGCUCGUUCGAUGUUUGGGCUGAACCGGGUGGCCACCCAUAGUGGCACUAUUAAUAUGCCGUCGCUUCCUCAAGGAGAGUAUGAAGCAGAGGUUGUGAACUUGCUGGAUGUUGUCGAUCCCGAAAUAUCAACCAUCACAACUCUCACCAACGUUCAAAAUUCCCUUUUUAUCCCUGAUCUCGGCACCUGGAUCAAUCGCCGUCCCGCAUACACUGUUACACCAGACCCCGGGCAGGGAAAUGCAGAGAUAGAAAACGGAAAGGCAUUUGAGAAGCAGGAGCCUCUCAAAGAUGGGGUUCGGCCAGCCGCCGAACGAACGGGCACUAUGGAUACAAUCACAUCACAUCUUAGUGACUCACGAUUUGCGGUGUUACCGGAUGGUGUAUCUCUAGAUGGAUGGGGCGCCGAAGACAAAAGAGCACUAAAUGAUCAUGUUCGGCACAUGUUGCACUCACGAAGAUCCGCUUUCAAACGUGGCUUAAAAGGUUUUAUCCAAUACGUAAAGAAGCCUCUUGGUUUUUUGGUCACCUUAUACGCUACUCUAAUCACUCUUUUUGGGCUUGCUUGGGUCUUGUUUCUUAUCGGUUGGAUCAAUGUUGGUGGAAAACAACUAUACGUCAUUAACGUAAUUGAUUACGUUCUUGUCGCGCUAUUUGCUAUCGUAGGAGAUGGCCUUGCUCCGUUUCGUGCUAUCGAUACGUAUCAUAUGAUUUAUAUCGCCCACUAUUAUCAUUUAACCUAUAAGCUCCGCCGUAAGCAACACCUACCGAAAUUACGAAACAAGAAUGAUCUUCCAGAGCGACAUGAAGGGAAAGUAAGUCAGGAUGUUGAUGUUGAGAGGACUGGAGAUGCACCUAACGAUGAGGAUACUACUGAAUUCUCUGUCCUUAGUAUUAAGCAGCAAGAGAAAUUAACCCAUCAUACUACCAAAUUUGCGAAGUCGCAUACCUUUUACAAACCGCAUGAGACUACGACGCAUUAUGCUUUUCCACUACGGAUUCUUAUUGCUGUUGUUAUCUUACUCGACUUUCACUCUCUCUUUCAGAUUUCACUCGGUGCAGUAACAUGGGGCAUUCAUUAUACUCGUCGCCCGUUUGCGCUCACUACUGUCAUUCUAUGCUGCUCUCUCAGCUGCAACUUCGCUGCAGGAUUGCUGAUAUGGAUUGGGGACCGGCGAACCAGGAAAAAGGAUGUAAUAGAGAGAAUGUUCAGGCAGGAGUUGACAGAGCAGGCAAUUACAAAAUUGAAGAAGGAAAAAAGCAAGAGGAAGGAAUGCGAAGAGGAAGAAAAAGAGACAAAGAACAGAGAUACUGAGAAUACAGGAGAGCAAGUAAAAGGUUCCAAGGAGAAGGAUAUCUUCUUAUGA